AUGUUGUGGGAGAAGGUGCUCAUCGGGGUGCUGGCCGUCCUGGUGCAGCUGGCAUGGGCACAUACUAUUGACCUGCUUCCAAGCUCCGAGUACUGCUUCUUCGAGGACAUGCACAUUGGUGACGAGAUGACCUUGACAUACCAGGUGUCUGGCGGCGGCCACCUUGACAUUGACACGCGCAUUAAGGACCCGGAGGGCCACCUGCUGUUCGAGAACCUGCGAAAGGAUACAGGCACAUACGACUUUGUCGCUGACAAGGAUGGCAGGUACACGUACUGCUUCAGCAACGAGUUCUCGAUGGUGACGGAUAAGAUGCUGAGCUUCAAUGUGCACGGUGUGCUCUAUUUGACCGACGAAGAAGGACUUAUUCCCGCUGAGCGCGAACUGCGCGAACUGGCCAACAAUGUACAGCUGUUCAAGGAUGAGCAAGACUACCUCUCCAUGCGCGAGCGCGUGCAUCGCAAUAGUGCGUCUUUUAUGUAA